AUGAAUAUAUUGUAUCAUACAAGUAAAAUUAAAGAUGUUGAUAAACAUCAACAACAACAACAACAACAACUAUCAAAGCAAGAGAAGAUGGACAUUGCUAUUGAACAACUGUACAAACAGUUUAAACUUGAAGAGAAGGCCAAGAAGAAAUUGGCCAUCUCUGUUGCUGAGGAGAAGAGACUCAGAAAGAUGAAUGCCAAUUGGCAGAAGAUGACAGCAACAAUCAACCUUCAAAAGGACAAAUUAGAAGCCGAGGCACUAAUGGACAUUGCUGCAUCCAAAUUGGUUACUCAGACCAUCAUCCAACAAUCAUUCGACAAAGGAAUGAAAAGGUCCAUGUCCCCUCCAGCUCCUUCCCCUGCUCCAUCUCCAGUUCCAGCACCAUCUCCACCCCUAGCUCCAAGAGUCCUGUCAGAUCAAGAAUUCUACCAAUUCCAUGGUGUACAAUUCUAUCUGGCACAUGAGAUGCUGUGUUACCUCAAAGCCAUUGGAGAGUUGAACAGUGUCUUGUAUCCUGUUUCCAUGAAGAAACAGUUUGAGAAGGACGAGUUCUUGGGUGAUAGUCAACUAGACCUGUACAUUGCAACCAAACUCAAUGAGUUGCCAGAUGCAUCGCCAGGAAAAUCGACCAAACGUCGCAUACGAGGAGUUAAGAAUGAUACUCUAACAUUGUUCUUCUUAAUGGUUCGGUUGUCCGAGAUUAUGAAUGAACAGGCCAUCCCAAAGGAGAGGCAUCCAGGCAAGGAAAAGGCUGAUGCCUUUGAGGUCCUCAUCUGCGAGUUGAGCAAGUCUCAACAUGCAGUUGCCAAGGUACUCCUCAAUCUUCUGGUCAAGCUCAUCUAUGUGUACGCAAUCCAACAAACGUACAAAUCAGAUGACAUCACAUUGGAGGCUGAGCUCAAGGUUGCUCUGACAAUGGUCAGACAAAAGAAGCCAGCAACUCCAGCAACUGUGACUGCCACUCCAUCAGUGGCUGCCACAGUUAAAGUGCCAGCCCCGGCCCCUGUUGUUCAACAGGUCCCGGUAGCUCGCAGGGAGUCGAAUCCAUCGACUCAACAGAUGGAGUACAACGAGACAUUGUAUCGUUUACUCUACUUCUAG